UAACACUGCGCACCUAAACAAACAUGGCGGACGAAAAGAAAUAUUAGAUUGCUAUGAGCCCCACAGAGCAUAGUUUAAUGUGUAUGCAGCACUGUAGCUCUGAUUCCUAUUUAAUUUUUGCCACCUUCCCAAGGUCUUGUGAGGUCUGUGGAUCAGUGCUAGAGAAUUGUAGACUUCGCGUUCCUCCAUUUCGUCUCCCGAAUCCAUUCGUUGCAAGUCGUUGCGUGCCUCGUUCUGUGUUAAUCAGACCUACGCGCGGAGACUUCCUCAGUGAUUAUCAAAAUGGAGACAAUCUGCAUAUUGGAAUAUCAGAUGAAAAUGGAUUUGUAUAUCACUAUGAUGAACGUGGUGCCAACAUAGACACAUGUGGCUGGGAUCAAUGUGUAGUUGUUGAGAUACAAAACCGAUCACAUAUCGAAGACAAGUGGAGAGAAAUCUUACAUUCGAGUCAGCUAUCUGACCUAUGGACGUCUGAAAGAUAUGAUGAGACCAGCCAUAAUUGCUACGAUUAUGUCUUGUAUGUCAUACGUCAACUUCUCUUCGUUACUACCUCCAAGCAAGACUUCUGCCGGCAAUUCAUUCUACCAGUCACCACUAAAAUAGCAAAGUACUUAGAGAUGUUCAGGAGGGUCAAAAUCAGAGGUGUGGUAGUGACGCAAUCAUUGAGCUAGAGGGUACCCGGUCGCGAGGGUACUCGGGCGGGAAGUUUGUCUUUGGUUUGGAAUUUUUUACCCUCUGUGUUUUUGGAGAUUCAAAACGCUGCCUGAUGUGAAUUAAUGCUCAUUUUAUCAUUUUUGUUUAUUUGAGAUGGUGGACAGAAAAGGAGGGGUCGAGAAAAAUUCUUUGGUAAUGUUUAAUAUCACACGGCGCUGCUCGUUAAAAGCAGAGAUGGUGUGAAUUCGAUACUUUUAAUUCAAAUGUAAGGUCAGGUAUGAUAGAUAAUAAGUUUCAACCCCGCGUAUCUGACAUGGGGUGGAGGCUGGGUGGUUUUGAGCUCUGUUUGACCCGUCAUGCUUAUAGCGCCUAGAAACUUGACGCUUUUGAAUUGAUUCUUUGUUUUAUAGUUGGAAACACAUUUCAUUUUUGAAGCGUAUGUUAUUAAAAUAUAAAAGGUUUCCGAUUUGGGAAAACAACAAUUUCACUAUACUAUCAUUUUCUCUGUGCUGAAACAUUAAAAUGAUUGUCCUGUCAGGGCGCGAAAUAAAAACUUGCAAGAAUAA